AUGGAUAUACUGAUGAGUUCCCAGCUCAGUCGGGAGUCUGUUCUCAUACUCACCCUGCCAGGCUCAAUCUUCCCAUCGCCGGGCUAUCUUGGGUCGGUGUACCGUGUUUUCCCCUGCAUGAAGAUUAAUCCGCGUGACGGGACCCUCGCCAACGAGCUGCGCAAGAUCGGCUGGCCAGGGCUCGUCUUGUUCUCCGCUUCCGUUAUAGCCUUCCUGGUUCCCGUGACUUGGGGUGGUAUCCAGUUCCCUUGGGGCAGCUGGCACACCAUUUUCUCAAUCGUUGUUGGUCUUGCGGGCAUCGUGGCCUUUGGUUUGUAUGAAGGCUAUAUGACGAGUAGACCGUUCCUCCCACUCUAUAUCUUCCGGAACUACACCACCUCUAUCAUCUACGUGGGCAGCUUCAUCAACGGCGUGCUGCUGUAUGCUCAGGUGUAUUACAUGCCUGAGUAUUUCCAAUCCGUCAAACUCUAUUCGCCGCUCAUCGCAGGCGUCGCCGCCCUCCCGGGUUCGUUGACCGUGAUUCCCAGCGCUGUCUUGACCGGAAUCGUCGUGGGCAAAACGGGACAUUAUCGCUGGGCAACCUGGACGGGAUGGGCCCUUGCUACCCUCGGUUUCGGCGUCAUGUGCCUCCUAGAUGUCCAUACAAGCAUACCUGCGUGGAUAUCCAUCCGGAUACCAGCCGGGAUCGGCAAGGGGAUCCUACUCCCGGCCCUGAACAUCGCGCUGCAGGCUUCUGUGCCGCAGACCGACAUGGUCAUGGCCACGAGAAUGUUCCAGUUUCUUCGCGACUUCGGACAUACAGUGGGCGUUAGUAUUGGGAGCUCCAUCCUCGACAACGUUGUGAGAACGCAGCUGCACAAGCCUGAUGUGGCGUCAGUUGUACCAGCCAACCUCACGGAUUUGUCAGCCGUCAAGCUCAUAAUCGUUCUCAAGGACAUGCCAGCAGAAUCUGACGUGGCUCUCGCAUUGCGGAGUGCGUUCGCGCAGUCAUUCGUGGCGAUUUGGGCGACUAUGAAGGGGCUCUCCGGACUCGCACUCCUCAUUCACUUUUUUACGAAGGAGUGUGACAUGAAUCAGAAACUUACCACCGAUCAGUCUUGGACCCAGGGUGACGUGGCUGACGAAACUGAGGAGACGCCUGCAAGAAGCGAGAGCAAGAAGUAA